AUGACGCAAACCACCAACGGAUAUCAACCCACACCCCUCCAACCGGGAGUGUGGACUCCGCUCGCGACACCCUUCGACGCCUCGGAAGAGAUCGACUACGCCUCGUGGAAGACGCACGUCCUGCGCAUCGCAUCCGCCGGCUCUGGUCUCGUCAUUAUGGGUACCAACGGUGAGGCCAUCCACCUCUCCGCACCCGAGCGAUUCCAGCUCGUCUCCACCGCGCGUCAACACCUCGCCUCCUCCGGCCUCUCUUCGACCCAGAUCAUCGCCGGAACCGGUGUCGGUUCGGUCAAGGAGACCAUCUCCAACUGCGUGGAUGCGGCGAAAGCCGGUGCGGAUGCGGCGAUCGUCAUCCUCCCCGGUUACUUUGCAGGUGGGUUGGGGAAGGAUAGGUUUGCGAUCAAGCAGUUCUUCACGCGCGUGGCGGAUGCAUCUCCGAUCCCGGUGAUGGUGUACAACUUCCCCGCCUGUGUAGGCGGGAUCGAUCUGGAUUCCGAUCUGAUCAUUGAUGUCGCUCAACAUCCCAACAUCUGCGGUGCCAAACUCACCUGCGCCAACGUGGGAAAGGGUGGUCGUAUCGCCGCUGCCAUCUCCCGACCCAACUUCCACGUCUGGAGCGGUUUCGCCGACAUCAUCGUCCCCGCUUCUACAGCCGGAUUCACGGGCGUCAUCGCAGGUAGUGGAAACAUCAUCCCCCGAACCCUCGUCGAACUCUACACGUUGACCAAACAGGCAGCGGACGAGAAGAGCUGGGAUAAACUGCAGAAGGCCCAGCAACUGCAGAAGGUCGUAAGCCACGCCGAUUGGGUGCUGUUCAAGGCAGGUAUUCCAGGUACAAAGUGCGCGUUGGACAGGUGGUACUACGAGUACGGCGUUUGCAGGAUGCCGCUGCAACCGGCGAGCAAGGAGGUGAGGCAGAUGCUGGAGGUGGAGUUGAAGGACGCCAUGCAGCUCGAGAGACAGUUGGAGGAGAGGGAUGGUGUGACGACGGCAAAGGCUUGA